UUCGUUGCUUGGUGACAGAGGAAGCUUUGCUCUCGCCAUGAUUAUAUCGUCGUUAAACAUCUAGUUAACAGACUAAUUCUUUAACGAUUGCAGCAAUGGAGGUGACAAUGGAUCCUUUGUUCCUGGCUUGGAGCUAUUUUAGGAGGCGAAAAUUCCAACAGUGCGCGGAUAUUUGUACAAAAUUAUUACAAGACGGACCAUACGACCAGGACUCCCCAUUGCUUACUACCUCAGAGGCUGCAUGGAGUCUGAAGACCCGUGCUUUCACAGAGAUGGUAUACAUUGAUGAAACUGAGGUUGACCAGGAGGGAAUUGCUGAGUUGAUGCUGGAUGAAAGUUCUAUUGCCCAAGUGGCACGCCCUGGCACAUCAUUGAGACUCCCUGGAACAAGUCAAGGUGGAGGUCCCACGCAGGCUGUCAGGCCUAUGACACAGUCAGGACGCCCUAUCACAGGAUUUGUGAGACCCAGCACACAGUCAGGGCGUCCUGGAACAAUGGAGCAGGCAAUCAAGACUCCUCGUACUGCAAGCACAGCUCGUCCAGUCACUGGUGCUACUGGUAGAUUUAUCCGCCUGGGAACAGCUUCAAUGUUGACCAAUCCAGAUGGGCCAUUUAUAAACUUGUCAAGAUUAAACCUGGCCAAGUAUUCCCAAAAGCCCCAUUUAUCUAGGACACUGUUUGAAUACAUCUUUCAUCAUGAAAAUGAUAUAAAAAACGCUUUAGAUUUGGCAGCUCAAGCUACUGAGCAUGCUCAGUUCAAAGACUGGUGGUGGAAAGUUCAGCUGGGAAAAUGUUACUACAGACUUGGUUUAUAUCGUGAAGCAGAAAAACAGUUUAGAUCAGCUCUCAAUCACCAGGAGGUGGUAGACACAUAUCUCUACCUUGCAAAGGUGUAUCAGCGUCUGGAUCAACCUAUAACAGCACUUAACCUGUUCAAGCAAGGCUUGGACCACUUUCCCGGUGAAGUCACCCUACUAACAGGAAUUGCGCGCAUACAUGAGGAAAUGAACAAUAUUACAUCAGCCACAGAGUACUACAAAGAUGUCCUGAAGCAGGACAACACACAUGUGGAGGCGAUCGCCUGUAUUGGUAGCAAUCACUUCUACACUGAUCAGCCUGAGAUCGCCCUGCGUUUUUACAGACGUCUUCUCCAGAUGGGGGUGUAUAACUGCCAGCUAUACAACAACCUAGGCCUGUGCUGUUUCUACGCCCAACAGUACGACAUGACUCUGUCCUCAUUUGAGAGGGCUCUGGCUCUGGUAGCCAGUGACGAAGAGCAGGCUGAUGUCUGGUAUAACAUAGGACAUGUGGCUGUGGGAAUAGGGGACUUGACAUUGGCCUACCAGUGUUUUAAAUUAGCGCUGGCUUUUAAUAAUGACCAUGCUGAGGCCUACAACAACCUUGCUGUGUUGGAGCUGCGCAAAGGCCGCGUUGAACAGUCUAAAGCCUUCCUGCAGACCGCUGCAUCACUGGCUCCUCACAUGUAUGAGCCACACUUCAACCUCUCCAUUCUUUCCGACAAGAUUGGAGAUCUACAGAGCAGCUACACUGCAGCCCAGAAGUCUGAGGACGCCUUUCCAGAACAUGUUGACACACAGCAGCUUCUCAAACUACUGCGGGAGCACUUUGCAGCACUGUGAUGGUCUUUAUGCACCGUCUAAAUAAUAAGUGAAACUGCUACAUGGUUAAAAAAUAUAUAUACAUGUAUGUACAUGUAUGUUUAUAAUGUGACAAAGAAAAAGCUUAAAUGUUUAGUCGUUGCAGCUUGGCAUUAGUUAUAGGUAUGGACAUUAGUUUUUGUUUGCAUUUAUGUGUUUACUUAUGUAAUUGUCCUAAAGUUCCAAUUAAUUCUACAAACAGUUCUGUUGAAAUGGCCUUGUAAUAGUAUGUUUAUUUAGUUUAUAGGAUGUUUGUGACAGCUUUAAUCCCUCUGAUGCACGAGCUGCUUCAUCCAUCAUUUACACAUUACAUCUGAGAAGCAACACAAUGGAAAAGACACAAAUGAUAGCAGUUAGACAAAUGAUAUCAAUGAUUUUACUAUGUUCAAACUGUCACCAUAUGUUCUGUGUCAUGAGUUGUCCAUGUAUGAAUCGUGCUUUACACAACUUACACCACUUUGUGGAAAUCUACAGUUUCUGUAAAAAUGGAGGUUUCUCUUAUGUACUAGUAGCUUACUGUACUGUAUAGUUUUGUAUAAUACAAAUACUUCUGUAUAUAGCAAAGGUGAAGAUUUUAUUUAUUACAGUACACUGAGUAACAGAAAUUUUUAUAGAUGUAUUUUUCAUAUGGCAGUCUUUCUUGCCAUUUUGUAAUCUCAACAAAUAUAAUAAAAAUGGCCAAUUCACAAGA